AUGUUGUCAGCCAUACGUUCGUCCAGGCCGACAAGCACCUUUCGACGCGUUGCGCUUUCUUCUCAGUCCCAUCGCAUCGCCAUGGCACCUAAACGCAACAGCAGCUCGCUCCCCGCCGGCUAUGUCGAAGACAAGUCAAAGGGUGCUAUGCUGAGAUUCCAAGACUCUCUGCCUCGCCUUCCAGUCCCAACCCUCGAAGAGACUGCCAAGAGAUACCUCAAGAGCUUAAAUCCUAUCAUCUCCAAGACCGAGCUUGAGCAAAGCAAAGCCGCGGUUGCUGAGUUCAUUAAGCCGGGCGGAGUUGGAAGCAAGCUUCAGCAGAAGCUUGUUGAAAAGGCUCAAGAUCCCAAGACAAAGAACUGGAUUUACGAGUGGUGGAACGAUGCCGCCUAUCUGAGCUACCGAGAUCCGGUGGUGCCAUAUGUCAGCUAUUUCUAUUCACACAGAGACGACCCCAAGCGACGCAACCCUGCCAAGAGAGCUGCGGCGAUCACCAGCAGUGUGCUGGAGUUCAAGAAGCUUGUGGACAGCGGCAGCCUAGAGCCUGAGUAUAUGAAGAAGCUGCCCAUUUGCAUGGAUAGUUACAAGUGGAUGUUCAACGCGAGCCGCGUCGCUGCCCGCCCUGCCGACUAUCCUGUCAAGUUCUCCCACACCGAAAACAAGCACAUUGUGGUCAUCCGCAAGAACCAAUUCUUCAAGGUCGAGCACGAAGUUGCCGGCAAGCAACUUAACACAUCAGAGCUCGAGCACCAGUUCAACCGCAUUUACCAGAUCGCGCAGCGGGUAUCACCCGUGGGCGCGCUGACCUCAGAAAACCGAGACGUCUGGGCAGAUGCUCGUGAAGUGCUGAUCCAAGAAAGCCCCAAGAAUAAGGCGGCCUUGGAGGCCAUCGAGUCUGCCUCAUUCGUGGUAUGUUUAGACGAUGCGUCCCCUGUCACACUGGAAGAGCGUGCUCGCCAGUACUGGCACGGCGAUGGCGCCAACCGUUGGUAUGACAAACCUCUUCAGUUCAUCGUCAAUGAUAACGGUACAUCGGGCUUUAUGGGAGAGCACUCAAUGAUGGACGGCACACCGACGCACCGCCUAAACGACUACAUCAACGAUCUUAUCUUUGGAAACAAGAUUGAUUUCUCAGACCCCAAUGUUCGAUCCGACUUGCCUGAGCCCCAGCCUAUCAAGUUCGAGAUCACGCCCAAGGUCCAGAGCGAGAUCGACCGCGCUGUCACCGACUUUAGCAACGUCAUUGGCCAACACCAACUUGCUGUCCAAGCAUACCAAGCCUACGGGAAGGGUCUCAUCAAGCAGUUCAAGUGCUCACCAGACGCAUACGUGCAGAUGAUCAUCCAGCUUGCCUACUACAAGAUGUACGGCAAGAACCGACCAACAUAUGAAUCAGCCGCUACCCGACGCUUCCAGCUGGGACGUACUGAGACUUGCCGCAGCGUUUCUGAUGAAUCUGCUGCUUGGUGCACAUCCAUGGCGGAUCCCACAGCUGAGGACAAGACCCGAGUUGACCUUUUCCGCAAAGCCAUUGCAGCUCACAUUGAGUACAUUUCGGCUGCUUCCGACGGCAAGGGUGUUGACAGACAUUUGUUCGGACUCAAGAAGCUCCUUGGGCCUGGUGAAGAGCUCCCGGCCAUCUACAAGGACCCCGCGUACGGCUACUCUUCGUCCUGGUACCUGUCUACUUCACAGCUGAGCUCAGAGUUCUUCAACGGCUAUGGCUGGAGCCAGGUGAUUGACGGCGGAUUUGGCAUUGCGUACAUGAUCAACGAGAACAGCAUCAACUUCAACGUAGUAUCAAAGGGACUGGGCAGCGAGCGAAUGAGCUACUACCUUAACGAGGCUGCGGGCGAGAUGCGAGACCUGCUGGUUCCGACUCUGGAGCCGCCCAAGGCCAAGCUGUAG